AUGCAUUUCUUGCCCGUCGCGAUGGUGACAGGUUCCACUAGGGGCAUAGGAAAGGCAAUAUCUCAAAAAUUAUCUCAAGAAGGUCUCAGUUGCAUAAUGCUGGGAUCCACUAAAGAAACCAUAAAGCGCAUUGACAUAAGAAAAGACCAAUUGGCAUCAUCACAUCAGCGAUACUGCGCAAUGGCAAUUGACUUUAGGAAAUGGCCUCACUGGACUGGUUGUGAGCUAUAUGAUGGAAUCGAAUAUUUCCAAGAUAGGCCGCCUUUAGAACAGAGAUACUCCUCGCUGUUUGAGCCCUGCGACAAGUGGUCAAGUAAUGGUUAUUUUUACUACGUUAACUUACUGGUCAAUUGUGCGGGCUUAACUCAAGAAUCACUGAGUGUAAGAACGACUUCUUCCCAAAUUCAAGAAAUAAUGAAUGUUAACUUUAUGAGCCCCGUGACAAUGACGAACCUGUGUGUCAAGAACAUGAUGAAGUCCCAAAGGAAAUUUCCCGAACUUUUCGUCAAAUCCACUCGACCCACGAUUAUAAAUUUAUCCUCCAUCUUGCAAUCCGGGGAAGUAAAGGUUCCAGGUACGUCUGUUUACUCCGCUUCCAAAGCCGCACUAUCCCGAUAUACAGAGGUGUUGGCCAGGGAAAUGGAGCCCAGAAAGAUUCGCUGUCUUACGAUAUCUCCAGGCUUGGUAAAGGGUACGGAUAUGAUACGGAAUCUGUCAGUGACAUCGCAAGAAGAGCUCACGAGUGCCAUUGACACAAAAUACGUGACUACACCUGCGGAAGUAGCACAGCAAGUAUGGUCUCUAUACAAUGAAUCUAAGCUGUACGAGUAA